CGUAUGUUCUCCGUAGAGACGCUUCGCCAUCUUGAAUUUAGUAAAAGUUGCAGACAGCCAUCGACACAGUCGCCUUAACAAACACAAAACAACCAAGAUAUGAGCGGCUCUAACUCUCGAAACAAGACUGCAGCCACAGUCAAAGGACCGGACACCGAUAUCGGCCCAACUGCAAAUUCCAGGGAGCGAAAGUCCGGUGGAGGUGUACUGAAGAGACUCAAAUCGCGACGAAAUCAAACCGAUAAACAGCGGCCUGUUAUUACAGAAGAAGAGCUAAGGGCGCUAGGAAGACACAUCACACCGGACGAAGUCCUUGGUCUGCGUGCUGUUACACGGGAUUAUCUAUGUAAACCUGAGGACAAUGUCUACAAUAUUGACUUCACACGUUUCAAGAUUAGAGAUCUGGAGACUGGGACAGUGCUCUUUGAGAUUGCUAAACCUCACAACUGUGACCCUGAAGAUGAGGAAGAAGAGAAUGGAGACGUAGACACCAGUGCUGGGCGCUUUGUGCGGUAUCAGUUUACGCCGGCCUUCCUCAGACUGCGGACUGUUGGUGCAACCGUCGAGUUCACUGUGGGGGACCGGCCUGUUAACAGCUUUCGCAUGAUAGAGAGGCAUUAUUUCCAGGAUAAAGUUCUCAAGAACUUUGACUUUGACUUCGGAUUCUGCAUCCCAAACAGCUGCAACACUUGCGAACAUAUCUAUGAGUUUCCCCAGCUCCCUGAGGACCUCAUUUGCCUAAUGGUGGAGCACCCGUAUGAGACCAGGUCAGACAGCUUCUACUUUGUGGACAACAAACUGAUCAUGCACAAUAAGGCAGACUACGCCUACGAUGGGGGCGAGUAGUGCCUGAAUAUUAGCGUCUUGUGUGCAAUGCAACGCAGCGGUCACAUUGCCCCAGAACACAACCACAAUAUAGCCCUUUUGGGAACAGGAGUAUACUUCUUCCACUUCAGACAUUCCAACAAACUUUACCAGCCCCAGGUUUGGGAAAACAGGACCAUGUCUGCCUUCAAAACAAGUUGAUCAUUUAUUUGUUACCUCGUACCCCUCUGUUGCUGGGACUCAUAGGAAACUUUUGUCAAUCACUCUUUUGUAAUGUUGAACAUGUUUUUCUUUUAAUCUUUUCGAACAUUUAAAUGGUUACUUUUAAUACGUAUUAUUUUAAUCUGCCUUGAGUUAGUUAGUUCAGUAUUUGUUGCAAUGUCCUUGUUUUUGUUGGAAUACAUUUAGGCAUAUCUUGUGGGUUUGUGUAACUAAUGAUCUAAUACACUCAUUCAAAUUUAAUAAUAUUAGUUUCAAUUUCUCAAGUUGUCAUUUUUUUCAGGGUUGCCAUCUCCCUGGUGAAAGGCCACUCUGUUACCAAACGGCUCUACAGAGGGAAUCUGGAACUUUACAUGAUCCCAAAGUGAAUGUUGAAAACUGGAUAUUUUUAGCCUGUAAGAUGAACACUGGUUGAAGUUCAGCAUGUUGUUAUUUUGUCUACACAACAAUAGUUGACAGAUGGCAAGCCAAUUACAACUUUUUGAUACCACCUAAUUUGAUUGAACAAGUAAAUACAUUUUUGCUACUCAUUGUGCUCUAGUAACAAUCAUUAUCCUUUGCUGUGUCUUUCCUCCUCAGAUAGUCUCACAGCUGAAUAUUUAGCCCACUAACAAAUGCUCCAUGACUUAGAAAUCUUGCCUUGAUAGAAGCUGUAUUAUUCAUAUUGGGUGUCCCAUUUCACCUCUAGCUGUAUAUACAACCAAUAAUCCCUGUUGGCUAUGAGACAUUUUUGUAUUAACUGCCAUUGGUAGUAAGUCACAGAUGGCACCCCUGGCCUUUUUAAGUUGUUAGCAUUUGUGACAGUGCUGUAAAUUUACUUGCAGUGUGUUUGUGCCUGCUGGAGUGAUACUGAGCCUCCCAACACUAAAUUAAACCUCUCCAUGGGCCUUUGUAUUCAGACUGUUAAACUCGAGGCUUUGUGUGUGAGAGAAAACCCUGUCAAGUCCAGCUGUCGAUCAGCUGUGCUCUGCUACACAUCUCCUCCAACACUCAUCAACAGUAAAAAAAAAAAAAAAGAAGUCUGGAAGAGAUUUUGUGGGUAAAAUAUUUUUUGGCUAUGAAAUGAUAACUACAGGUCAAUGCUCAGUGGAAGGUAUGUGAUGAUGAUCACUUUCUAGACUUGUGAUAUGUGUAUUUUUUUUAAAUAAAAAAUUAGUUGCUGAUGGAAAAUUGUGAUGG